UUGAACUUGCUAGGACCUGUGAUUCUGCCCUUCAAAGAUGGCUCUUCCAAACAUCACUCAGCCUGAAUAUCUUCCGCAGCCCAAUGACCCCAGUGAUGGCCUGCAGGGCCUUUUUGCUAUGAUGCAUUCUUUUCUGGGGCUAGUGCAACCCAACAGGUUCCCAGCUUUCCUGCCUCGACUGAUGGAGCAUGACAUCAGAUUUUCAAGUCCGGACUUUUACAAAGAGGUGCUCGUGUAUCAGGCAGGAUUCCUGGUUUGCAUCAUCAUUGGAGUUCUCUUCAUCGUCCUCAUGCCCCUGGUGGGCUUGUGCUUCUGCUGCUGUCGCUGCUGUGGGAACUGUGGGGGUCGCAUGUACCAGAAGCAGAAGAACAACACUGGCUGCCAGAGACGGUCAUUCUUUGCAUCUGUGCUGGUUGUUACUAUUAUUCUUCUAGCUGGAGAUAUCUGUGCCUAUGUCAGCAACAACCGCAUGUCCCAGAGUGUAGAUAAAAGUUUCAGUGCUUUCAACAGUACCAUGAAAAACUUGCACAUCUUCUUGGGCUCCAUCCCCCAGGAGGUUGAUUUCAUCAUCGACUACAGCUCAGUGCCAAUAAACCAAACCAAUGCCAGCUUUCUGGGCAUCGGGGAAGGUUUGGGGGGUAAGAUUGUGAACCAGCUAAGUGGGAAGGCACACUCAGUGCUGAACACAGCUGCACAGCUUUGGAAAGUGAUUGUUACUGUGGAACAGGAACUCCAGAAUGUCAAUGAGUCAGCCAGUCACUUGCAGAAGCUGCAGGAGGAACUGACCAACAACCUGACCACUCUGAGCAACGACAUCAAUAAGACUUUGCACGAGUGUGGCGAACCUUGCAAGAAUGUUUCACUACAAGGACUGGCUGUCACGGCUAAUUUCAGCGUGGUUCCAGAUGUCCAGCCCGCACUUCAACUGAUAGCCAAUGUGACACACUUGAACCUCAGUGCCACACUAGAGGAGGCAAACAAUACCCUGUAUAAGAUACCAGAAAUGGUUGCUGAGCAAGCAAAGAAUGUGGCAUCCGAUGCACAGGCUCAUCUGGACAGCAUCAAGGAGACGAUUGCAAGACUCCGUAGCAACCUCCCCAUACUGGACACACUGGGAAAUGUCUCUGAGUUACUAGAUGACGUGACUAAGAAGGCCAGUACCUAUGAACCAGACAUCAAAAGCUAUGAUGGCUAUAGGAGGAUUGUUGGCAUCUGUCUCUGUUGUCUGGUGCUUCUGAUAAUUGUACUUAAUGCUUUCGGCCUGCUAUGUGGUGCCCUUGGGCUAGACUUGAAGGCACCACCCACCAAAAGGGGCUGCCUGUCCAACUCUGGAGGAGACUUCCUAAUGGCGAGUGUUGGGUUCAGCUUUAUUUUUGCGUGGCUUCUGAUGCUGCUGGUUCUGCUGACAUUUUUAGUAGGGGGCAAUGUAUACACGCUGGUGUGCCGUCCCUGGGCCUCUGGAGAGCUCCUCGAGUUCCUAGGAAAACCAGGGCUGUUCCGAGAAUUCAACCUGUCGAGCUACUUGGGAUUGAAGGGUUCUAAUUUGACUCUGACCAGACUCUACAAGGACUGCAAGAACAAUGACUCCUUGUGGGACACCCUGCAGUUGGGUGAGAUGGUCUCUCUAGAUGACACCCUCAACAUCAGCAGGUACACACAAGAAAUUGAUACCACUUUGAAUAAAUUAAACAUCAGUGUGAAUUCUACAGAGUUUCUGACGGAAGACCAGAAGCGUUCCCUGAAGGAACUGGGCGAAAAGGAUGAGUCACUGAAGCUGAACUUCACCAGUGCUCUGCAACAAAUCAACCAGAAAGUGACACAGAAAGAUCUGUCUGUGUGUGCUGAUCAGCUAGACAACCUGGCAAAUCAGACAGCACAGCAAGGAGGAGUCAAUAAUAGUGAAAAACUGCAAAAUCACGCCAGACGUUUAAGAGAGCUCCAGUCAUGGACCAAAUCCAGUUUUUCUGCUGAAAUUCAAAACCUGAACAGCAGUAUCUGGCAGUUACAGACAUCUCUGCCUCAGAUUCGGGAGCUGGUGAAUUCCACACUGAAACAAGUAGAGGUGGCUGACCAAUUCAUGACGCAGCAUUUAAAUGACGCUAUAAAGAAUGAAACCAUGGAUUUCGUACAUGAUGUGCUGGGUUAUUUUGAGGUGUAUCUGGACUGGGUCAAAGUCACUAUAACAGGAGAAGUGGCGCGCUGUGGCCCUGCAGCCUGGACAUUGGAUGCUGCAAAUACCAUUGUCUGCAGCUACAUUGUCGAUACCUGGAAUGCUUUUUGGUUCAGUUUGGGCUGGUGCACCAUAUUCCUGCUGCCGAGUGUCAUCUUGGCAGUGCGGCUUGCCAAAUUUUACCGCAGGAUGCGCAUGGAUGACAUCUACGAGGACAAUGGGGAAACAAUGGAAUUAUCAAGGCCACCAAAAGUAUUCAAAAUGCCCCGGCCAGAGCUGAGGAAGUAG